CCAAUCGAAAGGUAGACUUUUCAUACCAACGCUAAGAAUGUAGAUAAAUUGGUUAAACUGCAGUGUCGCGUAUCUUCAAUCUGGCGAUCUGUCAAUUGCUUAUAACGAAGAAACAGCUGAUCCUUAUGAUCGAGAUACUGACAAAUUUUAUCCCAUCAACAAAGGUUACAUGUGACAUUUGCAAAGUAAAUACUGUACAUUUUCUUUACCAGUACUCCUCGCAUUUUUUUUCGACGAAUGAUAGCGUGGGGACAUUAUGGUAUACGCAAUGACUUGUACCGUAUCCCAAAAAAAUGAAUGCAACUCUACGGUGUUACUGGUUGCAACGCCUCUUUUUAUUUAAGUGUGCACCACAUUAAUGCAAUAAUAAUAUGCUAAGGUCAAAAGACUCUGACAGCGACGGUGUUACAACUAAUACCGUACGAGUCCAAGAAAGUUGUAGAGGCAAAAAAGGUGAUAAGGGACAUGAAGAAAGUAGUGGAUGCAUUCUAAAAAACGCUUUGCUUUCUAUACAAUCUGACGAAGAAGAUUUCUUGGAGAAAGAAGCAUCCAAGGUCUUACUUCUUCAGAAAGGAUCAGAUGUUGACGGUGAGUCUGCAACUAAUUCUUGGAAUAAUGUAAAUACAGAUUCGUCGGUAUCAUACGUCACUUCUAUUCCUAAUGGAAAAGAAUUUGUUAUUUUAACUGGUCUUGAACAAGUUAAUGAUAAAGCUGUGACUACGACUAAAGGACUGAAACUGUAUGAUAGUUUGAUCCCUUUUGAAAAAAAUUCUAAAAUUCAACAUAGUUCAAAACAGCACAAUAAAAUAAUAUUGUUGGGCGAAUUUGUGUCCGAACAAGAAGCAAUAAUUGGUAUUAAAAACGGGGAACAAACAGAGACUACGAAAGAAAUAAAAGAAAGCAUGGAACAAAUAAAUUACAAUACCAAAACAUUCGAUAAUAGUCAGUUUGAGAAAAAUGAGGCAGAUCUUAAGGAAAGUAACAAUUGGUUGAAGAGUUUCCGACCUCUUCCUCUCUAUUAUACAGAACGUGGUAAACCUUAUUUGAAGUGUCCAGCCUGUGGUGCUAUGUUUUUCACAUCGACCUCAUUUCAAAAACAUCUUUUUACACAUAUGUAUAAGGAAAGAGAAGCAUAUACUUGCUCAUUUUGCGAAUAUACUAACACAGAACCUGGUAUGUUGUUCGCCCAUUUGUCAAAGCACCAAGAUCAGUGCGAAUAUUGCAAUGAAAAUAUAAUGCGCAAAAGUAAUUUUGAAAAACACUGGGGUAUUUGCUCUCUAAGUUUCAGUAUCAAGAGAGAUCGCAGAGGAAGAUUUGUAUGUACAAUGUGUAAACUAGUGUUUGAUUUGUUGCCCCAAUUAGAAAAACAUUGGUUUAAACAUGCUUGCAAAAAAAGGCGGACUUACCAGUGUAAAGAAUGUGGAGGAUUGUAUGGAAACAAAACCAUAUUACAAAAUCACAAGUGUUUAAAGUGUCCCGUCUGUGGUGAAGUUUAUGAUAGCUUACAUAGAUUAAAGGCACACACAAUGUGGAUGAAACAUCAUUUGAAGUGCCUAAUUUGUUCCUACGAAUUUGUUCUCGCCAUGGAUCAUGAAAAACAUUUAGCUAUGCACAGACAGGCUUAUUUACCUAUGAAAGAGCAUGCUCAUUGUUUGGAAGCAGCCGACGGAAAAUCAUAUCAAUGCGAUCUUUGUGACAAAAUAUUUUAUGCUUUAACACGACUGAUAUUACAUGUAAAGGAAGAUCACGGGAUAGAGGACAUAAAAAGAGAAGCUAUUAAAGAGGAAAAGGAUGAGAAGGAGCAUAACGAGGGUAAUGGAAAUAAAGCUACAUAUCCGAACCUAUGCGAAGCGCCUAUUUGUUAUACGGGCGGUCGAAAUGUUAGUUUAAUUAAAUAACAAUAAUUACUUUUAAAGCAAGCAGCAGAUUACACGUCGGUACAACAGUGUGGACAAGUACUUUGGCUGUGAAUCGCUACUAAUUGCUCCUGCGAAGUACGAAAAAUUGGAAUACAAAUGUGUAAUAAUUUUAAACAUACAUUUUAUACUCUUACGAAUAUAUAACACAUAAUUACGUUAUAGAAAUUAAAUCGUACUGUUGUUGAAACUCAAUAUAUAAAUGUCUAUGUUAAGAGUUAGUAAGUUCCCGAAUUUAUGAUAGAGGCACACAAAUUAUUAUUAUUAUUAUAAAUCAUAUUAAAAUGAUACGUUAAAUUUAUAAUUAUAUGCUUAUAAGCAAUGUAUUUAUUUUAUAAAAUUUUAUUCGGAAAAAAUAAUAUUAUAAGAAUUUGAUUUUAUUAAUUGUUCAAACAGGGUAGCUUGCACAAUGUCAAAUGCUUUAAUGAUGCUUCUCUAAUUUGUCUGUACCCUUGCGCAUAAAAAGGAGUGGGCAUCAAAAAUUUUCGAUUAUUAAAUAAUGUACUCUCAAAAUAA